GAAUUCAAAGCCACGAUGUGCAACAUACAGGCCUACAUAAAGCACCGCAGAGGCCAGCAUGACGCAGCCCUCGGAUGCUUACGGCAAGCCGAAGAGUUCAUCCAGCGAGAGCACGCUGACCAGGCAGAGGUCAGAAGCCUGGUCACCUGGGGAAACUACGCCUGGGUCUACUAUCACCUGGGAAGAUUCGCAGAAGCUCAGCUUUAUGUAGACAAAGUAAAACAAGUCUGCCAGAAGUUUUCCAGCCCCUACAGAAUUGAGAGUCCUGAGCUGGACUGUGAGGAAGGGUGGACACGGUUAAAGUGUGGAGGAAACCAAAACGAAAGGGCCAAGGUGUGUUUUGAGAAGGCUCUGCAGAAGAACCCCAAGAACCCAGAGUUCGCCUCUGGACUGGCCAUCGCGAGCUACCGGCUGGAUAACAAGCCACCAUCUCAGGAUCCCGUUAACCCUUUGAGGCAAGCCAUUCGGCUGAAUCCUGACAACCAGUAUGUCAAAGUCCUCCUGGCCCUGAAACUUCAAAAGAUGAAUAAAAAAGAUGAAGGAGAGAGAUUAGUUGAAGAAGCUUUGGAAAAAGCCCCAUUGGCCACGGAUGUGAUUCGAGGGGCAGCAAAGCUAUAUCGAAGAACAGGUGACUUGGACCAAGCUAUAGAACUCCUGAGAAAGGCUCUACAAUGCAUGCCCAACAACAUCUACCUGCAUUGCCAUAUUGGGUGCUGCUAUAGGGCCAAAGUCCUGGAGGUGGAGAAAAUGGGCGGGGAGAGGGAGGAAUUACAGAGACUAAUAAGACACGCUAUAGAUCAUUUAAAGAGAGCUGAUGAGAGUAAUGGAAAUUUCUUCCGUAUCAGCUCCUAUCUCGCCUGCCUCUAUGCACAAGUCGGCCAGUAUGAAGAAGCAGAGUAUUACUUUCAAAAAGAAUUCAGCAAAGAGCUUUCUCCUGUAGCCAAACAAGUGCUCCACCUGCGAUAUGGCAACUUUCAGCUGUUCCAGAGGAAGUGUGAAGACAAGGCCAUCCACCAUUUCAUAGAGGGUGUGAAAAUAAACCAGGGAUCAAAGGAGGGAGAAAAAAUGAGAAACAAACUGCAAAGAUUUGCCAAUAUCAAGCUCUCGAAAAACAGAGCGGAUCCUAAGGCUUUGCAUCUCUUGGCGUUCCUUCAGGAACUGAAUGAAGACAUGCAGCCAGCAGAGGAAUACUCUGAGAGGUGUUUGGAUUCUGGAAACCACAUCCCUUCAGCAUCUUUAGCUGAGGAAUGAGGAACUGGAAUGUGGAACCCACAGGGCUACUGCUAGAAGGGAGCUGAAA